CUCGGUCUGUAUUUGUUACAUAUGCCUUAUGCGUGUUUUCUAUUAGUUUUUUUAAAGUCCGCUUUUAGUAUUUUUACGUAUUUUAAGUGGUAUUUUGUUGCAUUCUAGAAUACAUACGAGUAUGCCACCCAAGAAGCCUAUUGCUACUGUUGGCCCACAGCUUGUCUCGAAAGAUGGCCGGUCAGGAGCCCAGAAGGCUGUACCAAAGACCCAUCCAACAACUUUGGAAAUGGUGGUUGAGGCCCUUAAGAAGUCUGGAGAUCGGAGAGGAACAUCUGUUCAAGCCAUUCGGGCAUAUAUCUUAAGCCAGUAUAUGACUGUAGAUCCAGUAAGAUUAAGGGUCUUGCUUAGAAAAGCCCUUGCCAAAGGGCUUGAGGAUGGAACACUUGUUCGCCCUCAUAAUUCCACAGCUAUAGGAGCACAAGGGCGGUUUAAGCUUUCAGGGAAAAAGGCAAAGAAAGUUGGAGAAAAUGCUGACCCCAAUUUGGAGAAACCUCCAGUCAAGAAGCCAAAAGCUAAAGCAGGAGCCACAGGUACUGGAGUGGCACAGAAGAAAACUGGAGUAGGAAACAAGGUGAAGAAAUCUAGUGAGAGAGUUACAAGUUUGUCCAAAACAUUGUCACAGUUGAAAAUAUCAGGAUGCUGUAUUCCAAAGAAGGCAACAAUGACUGAAAAAGACAAAAAACAAUUCUAAUUAAUUGAUAAAAAUUUAUCUGAAGUAAAAUUUAUAUUUGGUUUAAAUUCCUAAUGGUACACAUAUUUACUGGAGGUGUUUCAUACUGUGAAUGUACGUCUACACCAAGCAAACCUUGCUAAUAGAGUAGUAUAUCUCUUGAAGCUGAUAUGUUUAUUUCCAGUUAUAUGGUUAAUAUUUGAUAUACUUGUGGAAGAUGCAUGUAUUUUCUUUAUAAUUUUUUUUUCAUUUUUGAUAUUCAGUAAAGUUCCAGAAUCUGAGAAUAUGCCUUUAUUCUGUCAUGUAACUAAAUUAGAACUUUGUGUUAUAUGUAAACAAUAAAUUGUUUUUUUUAUUGAAGUGUCAAAUGCUGAGAGCCAUCCCUGAGACUGUAUAGAUACGCAGAAUUGAUUCCCUCUGUAUUUGUGUAAUGGAGCAUUAAUAAGGUUGACAUUUCAUAUAUCUUUGUAUUUGUAAUGUUUCAUACAGUAGUUGCAUUUUAUAGUUGGGAUGGUAGAGAGCCUACAUUUUAAAUUGUUCCAUGCUUAAAGAUGUAAACAAAACAUUAAAGUGAAUUUUAAAUGUUUAUGACAUCCAAAUAAAAUUGAGAACCUUG